AAUCAGUUUUUGAAAUGGCUUCUUUGAGGAGCCCGUCUUCGCCGACCGACGGAUAUAAAAGGUUUAGUGAUGAUUUCGCAAACAGCAGCAUCAACAAUUACGGCUCAAACGUCACAAGUAAACGAGAAGCUAUGAUUAUUCAAUGCACAGUAGCCGCAUCUUUAAGUUGAGAUCAAUAGACGAUGGCAAAAAAGGAUUAUGACGUAGUGUACUCUCGCACGGGCUCAGAUGGCGGCGGAGACGCGAACACCCUGGACAUGGGCAGCCGGUCCUCCCUCCACACCGGCCUGCAGAUGUCCGAGGACGAGCAUUGGGAGAUGAAUUACCAUGAAGCUGCUAUUUAUUUAGAGGAAGGCCUAAACAAUGAGAAGUUCGAUUCACAUCCCUCCAGUCCUGAAGAACUGCCAGCGUACCUCCGAGUCCACAACCCUUGGUACCAUGGCUUGGAUCUCUUGGCAUCGUUGGUGUUGAUCCUACUUGCGUUCACUGAAGACCCCGCUGUUCCGGCUUUUGAAUUACCAGUAUGGGCCCACGGUACGAUAGAAUUAUUGGCGCUGUCGGUGAUAGGAAUCGAAUUGCAUCUCAAGUUGAAGUGGAUUGGAUGGGGGACCAUAUUUAAACAUAAGCGCACUAUGAUUAAGGGUAUUACACUCCUAAUAAUGGUGCUCGAAGCGGUAGUAGUACUCUGCAGACAGUCCUCCCACUUCCGAGUGACGCGGGCGCUUCGCCCCAUAUUUUUAGUGGACACAAGGCACUGUGGGGGCGUGAGACGGUUUAUAAGACAGAUAUUACAGAGUCUACCGCCCAUUUUGGAUAUGUUGGGAUUACUGAUGUUCUUCGUAGCGACGUAUUCCUUAUUGGGAUAUUACCUAUUCUCUGAACAUAUAGACAAUGGACAUUUUAAAACAUUAAGUGACUCGUUUGUCAGUAUGUUCGUACUUUUGACUACAGCCAAUUUUCCAGAUGUAAUGAUGCCGUCAUACGCGAAGUCCAAGUGGUACGCCGUGUUCUUCAUUUUAUAUAUUAUUACAGUACUUUAUGUACUCAUGAAUUUGAUGCUUGCCGUAGUAUACGAGACAUUCACACGCAUAGAGCGUGAAAAAUGCCGUGCAUUAUUGUUACAUCGGCGCGGGGCAGCGAGACGAGCGUUUCGCUUGUUAGUGUCCCGCCGCGCACCGCAUGCGGUCAAACUGAGACACUUUGCGGGGCUGCUGAGACACUACGCACCGCACUAUAGUGGUCUAGACGUGUACCUGAUGUUCAAACAACUGAACACAUCGAACACGGGUGGUUUAUCCCGCAGCGAAUUCGCGAACGUGUACGAAGUUUUCGCGCUCCGUUGGGCUGCACAAGCGGCAAGAGCGCCGUGGUAUUCGCGCUCUGUGUUCGAGCCGGUGGGGAGAUUGGCACAUGUUGUUGUAAGAUGGCCGUACUUUGAGUACUUGAUUUAUGCGUUAAUAGUUGGCAAUGGUGUAUCAAUGGUACUACGCGUGCUAGAAGCGGCGGGCGAUCUGCAGGACAGCGCGAGAUUACUCUGCGCUUCGUGGGAUACUUGGCUGUUCCUUACUCUGUUUUUACUAGAAGCGGGUCUACGCAUUAUGGCCAGUGGUUUAUCUGUAUACUUGGAGAGUGGUUGGAACGUGUUCGACUUGAGUGUGACAUUACUAGCUUUGAUGGGAGCCGUGUUGCUUACGAUUGCGCCGAAGUUGUUUAUUGUUGUUAUGUUCCGGCCGUUGAGGUUGAUGCGUCUCUACAAGUUAAAAAAACGUUACCGUGACGUAUUCGGUACAUUAGUACUCCUCUCUCCACUAAUGUCGUCAGCGGGCUGUGUUAUGUUGGUCAUGUAUUAUUUCUUCGCGAUUGUCGGUAUGGAACUGUUCGCUGGAUAUAACUUGAGGAACUGUUGUGUGAACACCACAGUAGAGGAUUUCUACAAGUACUCAGAAAACAGUUCGACUCCCCUCGGCUAUUACUACCUAAAUAACUUCGAGAACAUUCUAACGAGUGGAGUGACGUUGUUUGAAUUAACAGUUGUCAAUAAUUGGUUUAUUUUAAUGAACGCUUUCGCCACUGUUGCUGGACAGUUUAGCAGGAUCUAUUUUAUGGUAUUCUAUCUAUUCACAAUGGUGGUGUUAACGAUAGUGGUGGCCAGUGUGUUAGAGGCGUUCAGAUUCAGGAUACAGUACAAGAGGAGCACUACUAAGAGAGAUGAGGAAAAACUCCUUCACGAGGAAGUACACACGAGUUGGGAAGAAGCCCAGAGACUUGGAGCGAGUGGAGAUCUUGCAGACCAGCUGAGAACACACUUGACUCCUGGGAUGCAAGUAACAUUUAUAGGCACACGGCCGCGAACAAAAGAAGUAUUACAGAGGAGAAUGUAUCAGUCCGACAUUCAGAAAUGGCUCAGCGAGGAAGAUGAGAAUGAGGACUUACAACCAUCAACAACAGUGACAUCUUCCGAGGACCCCCUCUCCCCACCCCUCAUACAACAACCCGACGCCGACGGCGACAACCACAUAAGAGGCGGAUACCAAUUGUAGAAUUUAAUUCUAACAGCGCUCCACGAUCGCGUAUCUGUGAUUUGGAGCGCUGUCAAAAACUUAACAGACUCUGUGGUGUGAUAUUGGCGCGAAAAAAUUGUUUAUCUGUGGAAUGCCGCUAAAUUCAUAUACGAUAUGAUGGACUCUGUGGUAUGAUGUUGGCGCGAAAAAAAAUGUGGAUAGGCGCCAAAUACAUCUAUAAUCAUACAUGUGUAGACUUGGUGGUUUUAUAAUAGCGCUAAAAAAGUGUUUAUCUAUGCAAAGGCGCCAAAUACAAUCGGACUUUAUUCCUAAUUUAUGAUGUGGUAAUAGUAAAUGUCAAAAUUGGACAAGCUGUCACUGAUGGCGCCAAAAUUAUGACGAUUAAUUCUAUUUCAGAAAAAGUUGUAAAAAAUUGCGAAAUAUAAUGGUGAAAAUGUGAAAUAAUAUUUAACAGUGGCUUGUUGACGUUUAAAAAUGUAGUAUAAAGUUUAGAUUUACGAUUCAAAUCUAUAUCAAACUUCAAAUUAUUUUCUCUUCCGUUUUUUUCUUCAUUUAAUUAUGACCAGUCCACACACCACUGCCAUAAAAAUCCUCUGGCCAAAGAGAGAAAUGUAAAUUAAAAAUAAAAAAUUAAAUUAAAUUAAAAAGUAAAUCGAACAAAAUAAAUUAUUUUUAAGUAACUAUAAUAAGCGCUGUAACGGACAUGUAGGAAUAAAUUGGCAAACGCUAUAAAUUUUUAAUGAAAUAAUAACUUUGAUGAAAAUAUUAGACGUUAAAAGUGUAUAAAAUUGCAAGUGACCUUAGAUAUUGCUUAAGUGCUCUUGCGAUCUUGUUGUUAGAUUAAUCAAAAAUAACAAUAACAUUUAAUUAGAAUUAUUAAUAAUAAUUAUCAUUAGUACUGACGAACGCUUUGGCAUUCUUUUAAAAGGAUAAAGAUACCCUUAUUAAGUUGAUUUAACGAGCAUUAUUCUGACCCGAAUUAAAAACUAAUAAAAAGAAAAAAUGUGUACGUGUCCUAGUGUACACACGUAAGAAGU